AUGAGGAUUCUUAUCAUCACUAUACUUGUGGCCACGUGCGUGAGCGCUGGAUGGAUCGGUUCUGAAAAGCCUAUGCAAGGCCUCAAGAGCCUUGUAAAGGAACAGGUGACCAAGAAUUUGAAAAACUUCAUGGAUCGCAUGAAAGAGAUGUUCAAGAGAAAAACUGUUGAUAAAGUCCUACCACUUGGAGAUUCAAUCGAGGAAAUCAACACAAACAGUGGAGUUGCAGACAUCCUGUUCCAGGGGGAUAUGGUUCUUUCGAAACAACAGCAGGAUCAAAUUGCUGCAGAUAUUAGCGAUAUCCGUUCCAAACGGCAAGCAAUUAAUGCAUACGUUUACACCGGCAGUCGUUGGCGCAAUAGGACGGUCUCUUAUUUCUUCGACGACAAAACAAGUGAUGAAGUUAAAAGUGUUUUCAAGAAAGCCGCGCAAUUAUGGACGGACAACACAUGCGUUGACAUCAAAGAAAACGAAAAUGCAGAGGACCGUAUUCGCGUUCUCGCUCAGCCAGGAUGUUGGUCGCACGUCGGUAGACAAGGUCGUGAACAGCAAAUCUCACUUGGUCAAACCUGUGAAUCGGUAUGGGUUAGAAAAGUUUCCUUGCAAGAGACGGUAUUCUGA